AAGAAGAAGAAAUUUUUUUGACGUUUAUAUGUUGUAUUUAAUGUCACAAAUAUAGUUUUUAUUUUUACGAGAUUUAUGCAAUGUAAUGAAAUACAUCAUACAUGAAUUUAAAUAUUUAUAGCAGUCAAACAAAUUAACUUCAACUGUUAUUCCGUCUCACUAGCGACUAGAGGUUUCGCUACAAAUAAUUGCAAUCUGAUGGGGGUCAUGAGUGUUUACUGAUAAGACUUUAAUAGUCUAUGAUUGUAAAUAUUGUGACCUUACGCAGUUCUAAUUUUUUGAUGCUGGAAUGUAAUUUGCCAACCAGUACAUAUCGUCCAUAUGUUUUUUGUCUACCAUGAAUCAAAACAGCGGAACAGUACCAUUUCAAAGAAGCCAAUCUGCAGAUUUUGUCGCCUCUCCCCAGACAAGAAUUGGACUAUUAAUGACCCAUUCUAGCGGCACCCUUCCAACAAUGUCUUCCCCAAUUUCAUUCCAAAGACGUACUUUCGAGAGUGCUAGGCAAUUCCGAGAAAGCUUCAGCAGUGCUAUGAGGCAAAUUGAGCCGCUCGUAGAGACUGCAAGGAAUGUACGUCAGAACGCACUAACCAUAUCCGAGAUGCUGUCAAGGAAUCAGAAUGAAAUUAGUCAUCCCGGAGAACCAGAAAAUACACAACAAAAUAUGAGUUAUGUUUCUAUUAAUUUAGAUGGUGCAUCUACUAAUAAUGUGGUUGAUAAUCCAGGCAUACGAAAUAAUAUCCACAACCAUGAAGCUGUAUUUAUUAAUCAAGACGGUGGUGGAGAUAACAAUAACCAAGAGGGUGAAAAUUUAGAUCGCUUGGUGAAUCCAUUGGAAGCUCAACAGGCUUUGCAUGUGUUGUUUAAAUAUGUCCCUUUUGUGUUAAUAUUAUUAGCAAAAGCUGUAUAUGACUACCAUGAGGGUAUAUUCAUUUUGGUGAUUAUGUUUGGCACUUUCUCCCAUACCAAUGGGGUGGUUAAACAUGAGGCUUUAAAGAGAGCAAGACGCAGCAUUUGGACCUUAAGCAUCGAAAUGUGCUACAUCUUUGCAUGUAUGCUGUCUAUUCACUACUUUUUUGAGGAUGAUCUCCACCACUUCAAUGUUGUUAUGAAUCUGGUUUUGAUAAGAUCAUUUACACAUCCACUAACGGUCCUGAAUUUGCUGUGGAUUGUUACUAUAACGGAUUUUACACUUAAACUUAUUACUGUGGCGACAAAGAUUCUACUUACAAUGUUACCUGGCAAAAUUGUUGAAUUUAAAAAGAGAGGCAAAAUCUAUCUCUUUAUAGAAGCGGUAUCUCAAUUAUACCGUAGCAUAGCCACCAUACAGCCUUGGUUAUAUUACUUGCUUGAGUCCUAUCAGGGACCUGAGAAAAUUGUUGCUGUUUUCCUGUCUGCUUUUUAUAUGAUUUCCAAAGGCUCAGACUUAAUGUUUAAAGUCAGGUUUUUGAAAACCGCUUUCUUUAAGCUGCUGCAAACUGUGUCUCUGGGUUCAUCCCCAAGCAAAGAACAAAUCCAAACCGCCGGCGAUCAUUGUCCCAUCUGCCACGACAACUACGAUUCUCCGGUGUUGUUACAGUGUCGUCACAUCUUCUGCGAAAGUUGCGUCUCUACCUGGUUCGAUAGGGAACAAACGUGUCCACUGUGCAGGGCGAAAAUAGUUGACGAUCCCUCAUGGCGGGACGGAUCUACUUCGUACUUUAUACAAUUAUUUUAAGAGGCUCGCGGGUUUAAAUUUAGGCCACCUCGUAACGCGGAUAAAGUGUUUUAUGUGAUAUGGUCCAUACUCAUUGUGUAUUGUAUAUACUCACACCUUUAUUUUUUUUCGGGGCUUUUGUAAACGGUUAAAUAAUCGUUAAUUGUAGAUAUUGUUAGAAGUUAAUUUUGAUGAGAAUGAACUCAAUUUGCAUAAGCAACUAAAAAUUAAUCCCAUCAAUACACUUCCACUUCCCCUAGUGAUCUUUUAAGUCAUUCUGAUCUAUCAUUGUUACUACUAUUCGGUGAGUUUUUAAUUGUUCAUGGCGAUAAAAAGACUGUUAGAUAUUAAAAAUUAUAUGUCGCAUUGGACUGAAAUCCAUUAAAGCAUGAAAACAAAUUUGAAGAAGUCUUUGUUU